AAUGUCGGACGUCGCCGUUCGGAAAUCCAUCGGAUUUUGUAUCUCUUGGAUGCGUGCCCGAGUGUCGCGUGGUCGCGGUACCUUAUUCGUCAAUUAACCCGCUGGGCGAUGUGCGUUUUAUGCAAAACCAUAUCCAAAUUUGAAUACCAAUCAGUGUAGAUGGGCCAAAUUUGGCUACGUGAAAUAUCUACAUAAAAAUUCUCAUAAACUAUGCAAAUGUGAAAUACGAAAUCAAUUACUGUGCAUAAUGUGUUAAAUCUCUCAUAAAAAGUACAAAAUAAAAGGAAACUGUGUGAUAAACAUAAUCUGCGAAAUUUGGAAUACUAAAAAACAUGAAAUGGAGCUGAUAAAAAAAUACAAACAGGGAAAGCUAACCACCAGCGAUAUACGUAAUCUGAACAACACUGUCAUGUGCCUGAUGGUCUUCAUUGCCAUAUUCUCCAUUAUUUGGAGUGUAUCCCUGCACAUGAUAUCGGGUGACCUGUACGAGGGAAUAGUCAGUGCCAAACUCAUCUUCAGGGAGCGCAACUUUGACCAGAUGGAUGAGCACAGCAGGCAGAUUCUUCACCGGGACUUUAUGGCUGUCACACAACGUGGCUAUGGCCAAAAGUACUCCGUCCAGGAGCAGGAUGUCACUCCCGAAUCGCUGCAGAGCGAGAGCCAAACCACCAAGCCAACUUUCAAGAUUCCGCACAUCUACGAGUCGAGCAAGAAUCGACCCACGUUGGAGCGGCUGAUAGCCGAACAAGAUGUGGAAAGGGUGACCACCACCACCACGAAGGCUCCAACGCCAAAGAUUGUGUUCAAUGCCGAAGCAGAUCGUCAGUUCUUGGGCACCAUGUCCCUGGAUGACCAUGCCACAUUUUGGAGUCGCAGCAUUGGAGCCCAGUUUGUGUAUGCAUUUCCUCCCAUAUCCGAGAUCGUGGCCAUUAUCUGGACAGCCAUGUGUCUGAUCUUUCAGACGGGCAGUAAAAAGAGCUCAGUUCUGCCUAAACCCUGGCGCAUUGUGGUGCCCUCCAUCGUCAUCUUCUCGGUGAUGAGUCUGGGCAGCGUGAUCUAUACAAUCCUGACCAAUGGACACCUCAAGCGAUUAUGUGGCCAGCUGAGGGAGAAUCUCACCAACCCGACGGCCAUCAGCUGCGGCGAUGCCAUAGCCCUGCUGCGACCUAUUGUCCACGAUCACAAGGUGUCCCAUGAUACCUACCUGGACCUAUUCAGGUCCAGCUAUGUGAUCGGCAUGGUGCUGUGGAUUGUGGCCCUGCUGGUCAUGGUGCUGCGCUUCAUUUUCGCCGUGGACUUCCAGCUGGUGGACAUUGAUGAUAUGUUUGAUCAGCGCAAGAACGGGGAGAUCGAAGUGCCCAUCCAACCGGUUUACACGGAGGUCAUCCAGCAGAGCAGUCCCCAGAGGCAAGUGCGCCCGAGGUCCGAGGAUGACUAUCAGAGUGCCAGGUCACACAUCAGCGAUCUGGCGGUGCCUCUCCUGGAAGUGCAGAGUCAGUCCCAGGUUCCGCCAACGAAUUUGGCCUAAGUUCUAGGGUGAAGUGUGUGCAAUCUCAGGUUUAUUUUUAUACCAAGUGCUAGUUAGUUUAGCAAAGGCCUAAGGAAUACUAUAUCAACUAACUCGGAGUUUAGCAUAAGUUUUAGCGUAUAAUGAAUCGAUAUUUAAUUGAUAUUUUCCACUGUCUUAGCUUAGCGAAC